GCCGCUGGGGAACCUAACCUGGAUUUACUCGAUCGUGAUAACCUAAAAACGGGGAAAGCGCAAUUGGCGGGUAGUGACACGGAAUUCUGACAGUUUUGUGGCACUUGGAGCGAGAACAUGAUGAGCAUCACACACGAGUGGCUUGCUCAACGCAGAUAGAGCGUAUCAGCAUUACCUUCAUGGUGAUUGAACUGAUCUUGCAACGUGAUGUCACGUUUGUAAAUUGAAGAUGUUGUCGGAGGUUGACGUGUUCAUCAGUAACUACACCCUGGUCGACCCGGAGAUCUACCAGCUUUGGGUCGACGGGCAUUCCUCUAGCGAUGCGGUCAACAUUCUGCAUCAGCGAGGGAUCUGUCAACAGACGAACGCGCCGCUCGAGCUAGUCGCAUCCGACAUACACGAUCACUAUCGCACCUAUGCUCUGUUGGAGAAGCUGCUGCAUACUCCUACCAAGCUAGCUAGUGAACAACUGGCUUUUCAGAUAGAACCACAAACUAGUCAGAUGCUUAUAGAAAUGUAUUACGAGUUUGACGAUGUCGUUGUACGCGAAUUGCUAGGGAAGAAGAUAACGUCCAAGAGCAGGAAAGAUAUGGACGAAGUGGCGGAGAAGACGGGGAUCACCUUGAAGAGUUGUCGAAGACAGUACGAUAAUGUGAAAAGGGUAUUCAAAAUUGUCGAAGACUUGCCAGGGUCCCUAGUGGCCAACAUCAAACAGCAUUUCCUGCUCUCCGAAGAUCUCGCCAAACGAUACGCAGCGGUGGUGUUUAUAGCUUGUCUGCGCUUCGAAAUGAACAAGAGGAAACUGCAAUUCCUGACGUUUCCCGAUCUGUACCAUUGCGCCAACAGCAUGAUGGCCUCCUGGACGUACCGCUGCGUCGGUUCCGAGUACUUCGACACGGACUUGGACAGGGAAUUUUUGCAGGAAUUAUCCGAGUGCAGAAUGUUACUGGAGAACGACGAGAACAAACAUCACAAACAUCUAGUGUGCCUCAAGCUGAAGCCGAUGCUGCUCGAACGAUCCUACCAGGAACUGGAUCUGAAUUUUCGCUCGUACUCGCGAGCGAUAAUCGGUAUCGCGUGUAAUUUGCAAAGAUCGCGCGAGCUGAGGUUCUUCUUUCUGGAGCUGGUGGAAAGGUGCAUCGAACCGUGGCGACAGGUCAACUGGACGCACUCCGAUCUGCGGAACUUCCUGUCCGUUUACACGCAGUGCGCUCUCGACAUGGACGUACUUAGGGAAGGAGAAGUGAAAGACGCGUUCGAGCGUUACAUGACGGUAGUGACGUGCUGCCUGUUACGUAUGUAUCAUACAUGAUUACGUGAUGACGUGAUUUAGAAGAUAUAUAUAUGUGUGUGUUGUGUUAUGCGUACGUAGCGUGUUUAGAGAGAUAAGUGUAUAAAGAUAUGACGCAGAUCGAUUUUAUUAUUUAUUAAUUUGUCCGUAAUAAAUAAUUAAAGAAAUGCAGCAUCUA